UAACAACCAUUGAGUGUGACAUCAAUUGUAAGACAACUCCUCACAUGUCUUGUGAUGUCUGAAGUGACGACACGAUCGACGGACUAAUAAAACAAAUGAUUAAUUGAAACGCCGUUUCAACAGCUGAUCCAUACAAUUCUUCAGUUGAUUUUUUUGUUUGUUUUUAAUUUAAUAUAAUUUAUUUGUUUUGUUUUAUUUUGUUAUUUAUUAUAAAUGUUUUGUUUUAUUGAUGUAUUGUUUUGUUGACAAUUAAAUUAAUAUUAAUAAUAAAGUUAUUUGAAGAAAGUGUUUGACUGAUUGAUGUCUCGACAAGUGGUUAACAUUAACGGAACGGACGAAGAAAUGGCAACAACUGAGUCAAUGGUGACGAAGAUGUCGCUCAACUCGGAGAUGAUUCGCUACGAAGAGAUUGAUACAGAAAUGCUCGACAAAUCGGGUGAUGAAUCGGAACCUAACACUCGUCAGUGGCCACAGACGGCACACGACUGGGAGGGCUAUAAGUUUGGUCAACUUGUCUACGACGACGGCACUCAAACCUACUUCUGGAGAGCUCAUACCCUAACCGUACUAUUUUUCAUGUCUUGCGGACUCUUUUAUGUUGCCUUUUUUGAACCCGUCUCUGAAGAUACCAAUUAUAAUAUCAAACGUGGUAUCAUCGCAUUUGUCUUAGUCUUCAUCCUCAUGGGUGUCACACAAAUACCCGACGGACCGUUCCGUCGUCCACAUCCAGCUCUUUGGCGAUUCGUGUUCAGCGUAUCAAUUGUCUAUGAGUUGGCACUUAUUUUUAUAUUAUUCCAGACUCCAAAUGAUGCCCGAAAACUUUUGAAACAUAUCGAUCCUAAUCUUGGAGUGCCUUUAGAAGAGAGGGAUUAUGGGGGUAAUUGUGCGCUCUAUGAUCCCAAUGUAACCGAUGAUCCAUUUCACAACAUUUGGGACAAAUGUGAUGUCUUUAUUCCGGCACAUUUCUUUGGCUGGUGGGUUAAGACAUUAAUAGUCCGCGAUUGGUGGCUCUGUACGGUAAUGAGUAUAAUGUUUGAAUUACUUGAGUACUCAUUAGAGCAUCAGUUGCCCAACUUUUCCGAGUGCUGGUGGGAUCACUGGAUUUUAGAUGCAAUUCUCUGCAAUGGAUUUGGCAUUUUUUGCGGAAUGAAGACAUUGACUUAUUUGCAAAUGAAACCAUACAAUUGGCGGGGACUGUGGGAUAUUCCGACCUACCGGGGCAAAUUGAAACGUAUUGUUGCACAGUUUGGUCCACACAGUUGGAUACAAUUUGAUUGGAGGCCGACAUCCAGUUUGGAUCGUUGGAUAUCUGUAUUGCUCAUCACAUUUGUUGCUUUGGUCGCAGAGCUUAACACAUUUUAUCUGAAAUUUGUCUUAUGGUUAGAACCGCCACAUUAUCUCAAUUCAUUGCGCUUAUGGCUUCUAGUCUUUGUGGGCGCCGUUUCUUUAAGAGAAUCAUUUCAAUAUUUAGACGAUCCUAAUUGCAAGAAGUUUGGUCGUCAAUCAUGGGUUAUAUUAUCGAUAAUUACGACCGAAUUCCUAAUUAUAGCCAAAUUUGAUUGGAAUGUCAUUACAAAACCACUUCCUAAGCAUGUCUUCUGGUUUUGGGUCGGCGGCGCUCUUCUGCUACUUUUGUGGACAAUUUGGAACUUUUUCUUGAGAAGAGUUACCAAAAUUUUGUAUAAAAAUAGUGAUUUACAAGAAUCACAGCAAUCGUCGAAAAAUAAUGUAAAACCUAAUCAAUCAAAAAAAGUAACGAUAACUACCGGUAAACUGACCAAUGGAUCGGUAGCUGACAAACAAAGUAAUCAAUUAAAUCAAAAAAAGAGAAAAUAACAUAAAAAUGUUAUAUAUUUUUCUUAUUACACUUAACUUUGAAGACUUACUUUUAUAUUUUAUGAUAAGACUACACAUUCAUAUCGUAUGUUUCCUUACGGUAAUAAUUUUUAUAAACAUUUUUGUAUAAAAUAAACAGCAAUGGAUUAUAUACUGUAUAUUUUAAUAACAGUAUUAGGCAUACAAUUAGUGCUCAAUUUUAUGAUUUACCGGUCGGUACCUUAAAUAGACUAAAAUAUUAGUAAAAUAAUUAAUUUCCUAUACAUUUGUGACCAACUUUUUCAUCAAUAGUUUAGGUU